UGCAUCGUGCAGAAGCGGGACACUGAGAAAAUGUAUGCCAUGAAGUACAUGAACAAGCAGCAAUGCAUCGAGCGUGACGAGGUCCGCAAUGUCUUCCGGGAGCUGGAGAUCCUGCAGGAGAUUGAGCAUGUCUUCUUGGUGAACCUCUGGUAUUCGUUCCAGGAUGAGGAGGACAUGUUCAUGGUGGUGGAUCUGCUUCUGGGUGGAGACCUGCGCUACCACCUACAGCAGAAUGUCCAGUUCUCGGAGGACACAGUGAGGCUGUACAUCUGUGAGAUGGCCCUGGCCCUGGACUACCUGCGUAGCCAGCACAUCAUCCACAGAGAUGUCAAGCCUGACAACAUUCUCCUGGAUGAGCAAGGACAUGCACACCUGACCGACUUCAACAUUGCCACCAUCAUAAAGGAUGGGGAGAGGGCGACAGCUUUAGCUGGGACCAAACCAUACAUGGCUCCAGAGAUCUUCCACUCUUUCGUCAAUGGUGGGACUGGCUACUCCUUCGAGGUGGACUGGUGGUCGGUGGGGGUGAUGGCUUAUGAGCUGCUACGAGGAUGGAGGCCCUACGAUAUCCACUCAAGCAAUGCUGUGGAGUCCCUCGUUCAGCUGUUCAGCACCGUGAGUGUCCAGUAUGUGCCCACCUGGUCCAAGGAGAUGGUAGCCCUGCUUCGAAAGCUCCUCACUGUGAACCCCGAACACCGGUUCUCCAGUCUCCAAGACAUGCAGACAGCCCCAUCGCUGGCCCAUGUGCUCUGGGAUGACCUGAGUGAAAAGAAGGUGGAGCCAGGCUUUGUGCCCAAUAAAGGCCGCCUGCACUGUGACCCCACCUUUGAGUUGGAGGAGAUGAUUCUGGAAUCGAGGCCUCUGCACAAGAAGAAAAAGAGGUUGGCUAAGAACAAGUCGAGGGACAGCAGCAGAGACAGCUCGCAGUCGGAGAAUGACUACCUGCAAGACUGCCUGGAUGCCAUCCAGCAAGACUUUGUGAUUUUUAACAGAGAAAAGCUGAAGAGGAGCCAGGAACUCAUGAACGAGCCUCUCCCAUGCCCUGAGACUCCAGAUAUGACAGAUUCCACUGCAGACAGUGAGACAGAGCCCACAGCCCUGCCCAUGUGUGGCUCCAUCUGCCCCUCAUCUGGGAGCAGCUAG